AAGAACAAGGCCAAAUGGAGGAGACGGCCACUCAAAUGGUUAUGGCGUCCCUGGCUGCUCAUCCUAUGGCUGAAACAGAUGAUAAUCUGGGCUGGGCAGCGGGAAAUGGAGUAUCGGUGAAAGUUUGGAACGAUUUCUGGCUUUCGUCGGAGAAUCAAGAGGGACCUUUUGGACCAGCUACAAAAGAAUCGGCUAAUAUGUCUGUCUCAGAUCUGUUUUUGCCUAAUACUAGAGUAUGGAACAGGGGCAAAAUUCGUGAACUGUUUCCCCACUUGGAACCGGUGAUCCUCAGCAUAAAACCAAGCACGAAGGGAGCCCCAGACAAGAGAAUCUGGUUAAAAAAGCCCUCUGGCGUCUACUCUACUAAAACAGGAUACUAUGCUGCUAUGGAUUCAUGUCAAAGAAAUGCAAAUGUUAGGAUCCCUGCAAACAUCAACUGGAUUUCUGAUCUAUGGGCGCUGAAGACAACGUGCCUUCCUCCUGUAGGAAUUGGGACAGGCCCACUCGCACCUUGGAUCUGUUGGAAUCCGUGGAUCGCUCGAAAUAAUAGAAUCUUCAGUAACAGAAUCUUCACAGAAGAGGAAACAAGUUUAAAAGCAAUUAUCGAUGCAAAAGAGUGGCUAAAUGCACAACCUUAUAAAGCCCCAACUUGGGUAAGGUCUUUGAAAUCACUGCCAAGACCAAAUGUAGGAUUGGUUUGCAAAUCUGAUGCAGCAUGGAGCACUGAGAAGCAAGCUGCGGGAUUGGCAUGGAAUUUCUCAGAUCGAAUUUCGACCCAGCUAUCUAUUGCGAUCACCUCUUCAGCACAGAUUGCCCACUUCGUUAAAUCGCCUCUCAUGGCUGAAGGCCUCGCGAUUCGAGCUGCUAUGGAGCAUGCUCUCAACCUUGACUUCCGGAGAAUCUCCUUCGAAACGGAUUCGCAACAAUUGGUGAUGGCAAUUGCAGGCGAAGCUAGUAUUUCGGAUCUCCAUGGAGUUUUAUCAGAUAUUGAAUCUAUUUCGUGUUUAUUAGAGUCUGUAACUUUUUCUCAUAUCCCUAGCGAAGAAAAUCGAUCAGCCGAUUGCAGGGCUAAAGAGAUGCUAAACCAUCUUGUAUUGAACCCGGUUCUUAUC